GAGAGAGUGAGAGCAAGAGUGACAGAGAAGCACGAUGGUUGAAUUCAGAUGGAUUCCAAUUUAUUUUUUACUGCUCCAGAUUAAAGUGACUGAACACAAGGACACUGAUGAGGUGACGUUAAACUGCUCUGUGUCGACAUAUGAAGGAUGUAAACACACAGUGAAGUGGCUGCUUCAGGGUCAAGAUGUGGAUAAAGACAACAAAGACUUGAAGACAUCAACGUCUGUCUGCUCAUCCAAUGUGAGUUUCAGGACUUCACAUCUUGUGUACACAUCAAAGAAUUAUGAGUUAUUGAAGUGUAAAGUGACCCAUGAUCGUUUCACGAGGGAAGAGCAUCUGUUCACCUUCAGCCCUCCUCGGUCCUCAGUCAACACAACAGGCUGGUGGCUGUACAUCGUUGUGGCUGUGGGUUUAGCAGCACUCUUGAUAAUUGUUGUUGUAGUCGCAAGAUGGAUCAUAACCAGAGCAAACCGGACACAGGGGGACACCAUUGGUCUGACCUCAAACCCUGAAGUGAAUCAGUCUGCUCCAGAGGACCGUCAGCACACGGCUGAUCCUGAAGAUGGUGUUUCCUACGCCUCCAUCAGCCACACCGAGAACAGCAAAGCACAGGUUCGGGGUGGGGAUGCAGUGACCUACAGCACCGUGAAGCUGCCCUCCGCUGAUGCCUACAGCCUCUACGCCAACGUCAACAAACCACAAAUAUAACACAGGAUUGUGUUGUUUUUUUUAUUAAUUCUACAUUUAUUGUUACUUAGUUAAAGGAUUCUAAUGUGAAAACAAAGUCAGCUUUUAUUAACAGAGUGACUUUGAAUUGAAUUCAUUCAUUUCUGCCUGCUUUAGUUGCACUGCACUGAGAGUAUUCGAUCUAUUAGUUAUUUAGUGUGCAACGUCAAUCGUUUCUGAUACAGAUGGCAAAGCUGCAUUUCAACAUAAGCGGGUGUUCACCCUUCCUUUCUGCAUUGCUGGAAAAAGCUUUUUGUCCAGAAGGCCAGAAGGGGGAGACGUUAGUUAAUUUACUACCACAUUGUGAAGUCCAACAUUCAUAUGGCUGAUUGUUAUAUAGAAAUUACACAUUGAUACACAUUGAUACAACGAACUUGCUAUCGGGCACAUUAUUGUGCUGUACUGUUGGUGUGUAGUUAAUUGAUUAAUUGCUAUUUUAAUUGAUUUGUAAGUUUUUUAAACACGCUCCAGCUGUAAUUGCUUUGUAUGCAAUGUGAUGAACAUUACCCCCUUCCUCCUUUGUAAUAUUAUGUAUGCCUAUUCAUAAUUAUUUACUGCCACACUUUGAACUUUCAUUAAAACCUAUAUGCUG